GUCGUAGGUGGGUGUUAUUUGGAAUAUCCGACAGUCAUGCAGGCGGCGCUAGAGGUGUUCUACCGCAUCCCUUUCGCGGUGCUGGAGGUGCCGAACAUCAGGCUGAAGAAACCCGGCUUCGUGAAGGUUCCUUCUGCUAUGGUCGUCUUCUCUUUCAUCCUCUUCUCUUACUUUCUCGUCACCGGGGGAAUCAUCUAUGACGUCAUCGUGGAGCCGCCGUCCAUUGGAUCUGUAAACGAUGAGUUUGGUAAUCCUCGACCGGUGGCCUUCAUGCAGUACAGGGUCAACGGCCAGUACAUCAUGGAGGGUCUGGCCUCCAGCUUCCUGUUCUCUCUCGGUGGCAUCGGCUUCAUCAUUCUCGACCGCUCCAACGCCGUCGGUCUCACCAAGCUCAACAGGACGAUGCUCUUCUCCUUCGGAUUCUUCUGUAUCAUCGCCGCGUUCCUGGCCGUCCGUGUUUUCAUGACAAUGAAACUGCCUGGAUACCUGAAGUAACUUGCACAUUGUGGAGUGGACUAAUUAAUAGUUAAUACCAUCAUUGCAUUGCAUCACAUGACACACUUGUACAGAUCGACCAAUCAGAUCAUCAGUGUAUGGCGACAGUAAAAUGAUGAUUAUUUUUGAACAACAGCCUCACAAAUACGUGACGAUAAAAAUUAACACAUUGUCGCGCGCACAAACCAACCAAUCACAUCAAAGAUCAAAAAAAUUCACUCAAUAUUGAGGUCAGAGUUUUGCAGCGGUGGAUAUGUCAGACCACCCACACAGUAGGUCUUCCACUGUACUCUGUUUGUCUUGUCCCCAGAUGACCAUAUUUCUGUUGUUGACCUGGUAGGACGGCGUACCGCACACUCCGUCACUCACCGCCCUGCGAGAGAUGACAGAGUAUUAUGAUGGCUUUGAGCAACAGUGAUGUGACCAGAACACAUACACUCAUUAUGUCAGAAGAUUUUGCACAACCUUAGGCAUGAAAAUGAAAUGGUGAAAAAAUGUCCACUCCC